CCACGAUCAUUUUCUUGACUAUUCUUCAGAUUCUCCCAACUACUUCUCCCCACAAAACCCUAACACCAGAAAGAGACAAACCUUCUAAACCCUCACUCAUGGCUGACCCUGAAGCCAACAACCAUCAAGAACCCACAUUCCCCUCCAAGCGUAAGCCCGAUCAAGAAGUCACUCACGACUCUCCUAACAAAACCCCCAAGAUAACAACCACCUUAGACCCCGACUCCGAAGUUCCCACCACCACCAAUUCUUCUUCCGACGCCGCUCCCGUCAAAGAAUCCGGCGGUGACGAGGAAGACGACGACAAUGAACCCGAAAACGACUCUGACGACGAUGAUGAUGAUGAUGAUGAAGAAGACGAGGAGGAGGAUGAUUCCGACGGUGAGCGUGUGGUGGACCAGAAGGGGAAAGGGAUUUUGCGCGACGACAAGGGAAAAGGGAAAUUGAUUGAAGAAGAAGAUGAUGAUGACGAAGACGAUGACAGUGACGAUAGUGAUGAUAGUGAUGAUGAUUCCGACGGCAAUGUGUCCGGUAGCGACAGUGAUUUUUCUGAUGAUCCACUGGCGGAGGUGGAUUUGGAUAACAUUCUUCCUUCAAGGACUCGCCGGCGACCGGCUUACUCUGGGCUGAACAUUUCCGGAGGCGCGGGGCAAUGAUGCUUAGAUUCUGCAAAGGACUCAUGAUUCUGGACCGUGCAGCAGAAGGUUUGAGUUUGUGUAAGAAGGAUGAUGACGAUGUUCUCAACUACGGAUGUUUAGUGUUGUAGUUUUAGCUGAAGCUACCCAACUUUCAUGUGACUUUCAGCGAUUUUUGUCUUCCAUUGUGUACUCAUUCUUUUUUGUUUGUUUAGAUAAUUCCCCUUUCAUGUAUAAAGACUAGAAUCCUUUUCGUGCUUCAAUUGUAUGCCAUGGACAAUUCACCGACUUUAUUGAACUGCAGUGAUACCUGAAUUGUAUUGCACUAUAUGUUUUGAGGCAGUGCUGGAGCCUAGAACUAAAAUCUUCUAAUCAUAAAAAGUUGGUGUUUUCAGUAUAUAACGUUUUUAAUGCAA